AAAACUGUUGUUUUUACAAAUAAAAAAUAAACCAGAAGCAACUAUCUCAGUAAAUAACAUGUCCUAACUGGACUGCCCUCAGGCAUAAGACAAUUUAUUCACCCAGUCACUCUUGUUACGCGCCAUGACAAUAGGAAUAAUAGUACAACAAACACUGAGGAAAGUUCUAAGGGAGACGGAUGAGUCCCCCUUCCUGCGUGUCUCAACACUGAGGUCUGACUAGAAAGUUUGUGCUGCACACAUUCAGAUGGAGCUCAGCAUGUCCUGACACGAGACAGUAAAGAAGAUAGGUGUGUGAUUUGUUCAGUUACUCCCCCGCUCAGGCCACUCCUCGAGUCCAUGAUCACAUGACUGUAGGUGUGUAGCUGAAAACAAUUUCCCUUUCCAACAACACUUCUUCACUAAGCGACGUUGCAAGCUCUCGCGGUGUCUUCUCAACACUGAACAACAAUGCCUGUCCACGGAGGGAUCAAGUGUGUUAAAUAUCUCAUGUUUAUUUUCAACUUUAUCUUCUGGCUCGCAGGCACCGCUGUGUUUGCCAUCGGUCUGUGGUUGAGGUUAGACCCAAAAACCAAAGGCCUUUUUGAGGGACCAGAAGCUCCAUACGUCUUUUACACUGGUGUGUACAUCCUGAUCGGAGCCGGGGCUCUGAUGAUGGUGGUGGGAUUUCUGGGAUGUUGUGGCGCCAUCCAGGAGUCUCCGUGCAUGCUGGGACUGUUUUUCUUCUUCCUGCUCAUCAUUUUUGCCCUGGAGGUUGCAGCCGGGAUUUGGGGAUUUUCCAACCAGGGCAAGGUGGUGGACGACAUCACAGCGUUCUACCGUGAGACCUAUCAGAACUACGUGACUCUAGGUGAUAAGCGACUGAAGGAGUCUCUGCGAGUGAUUCAUAUGGGGCUGAACUGUUGCGGCCCAACUGGCAUUGUAAUUGACAGUGCCAAGGAUACGUGUCCGACUCAAGGAGAUUUGGUCGUCACCAAGAGCUGUCCUGAAGCAAUCGACGAUGUGUUUAACUCCAAGCUACACAUCAUCGGAGGAGUGGGCCUCACCAUCGGGGUCAUUAUGAUGUUUGGGAUGAUCUUCAGCAUGCUUCUCUGCUGCGCCAUCAGGAAGUCUCGGGAGGUGGUGUGACACUCGCGGUGGCAUCACAUCUCUUGAUAAUCUUGCAUGUCAUUCCUCAAAUCACAUGGCUCUCCACUGCCAAUAAAGCACUGCUUGUUUUGGGCGUCUAAAUGGGUGCAGAUAUUUCUGGUCAGCUUUCACUGUCCUGCACAAAAUACAUUCAAUGUGGCCCAUAGACCCAUGUGUUUUCGAUGCUUCAGUAAAAUAUAAGACAGUGACACGUCGAUUUUUAGAGCCGUUAUAACAUUAGCAUUUAAUAUCAGAUGUUGACGAAAGGAGAGAACAAGCAGAUUCACAGGCCAAAAAUAGCCAACAACCACAUCAGCGAGAUCCAGCAGUAGCCAGUGGAGUUAUGUAAUUGUUCUUUCUUACAAGUCUGACAGUAGACCAUUGUGACUUGCAGCCUGAGCUCACUGAUGGAACAAGAUCUCUUUCUCAUCCUAGUGACAUUUCAGUUCUAUUAUUCUCUUCUCACAGUUUGCCCUUUUCUUCAACGCCUUCUGUUGUUUUGCAAUGUCUUUUUUAUUUGUAUUAAAAAAAACCCAAAUGUCUGUAAAUAUUAACUUGUUUGUCACAUGUGGUUUGACCAUGCGUUUUGUAAUGUAGUUUUUUUUUAACAGACAGGCAUGAUUUAAAUCCUAAGCACGGUUUUACACUUAAAUAAAAAGAGUGAAAUAAAACAACAUGUAUUAACCAA